AUGGACCAGCUCAGCGAAGGACAGGCGGUUGUAGUUGGCGGUACCGGUGGAACCGAACAAGUUGUUCAGAUGAGCCAGGGUAAACAAACUAUGAUGCUUCCACAGGCGAUACAAGUAGCGGCGCCUAAUGGACAGAUCCAAGUUGUUCCAAUUUUUAGUCUGAUUAACACUGGUCAACAGAUAGUUAUUCAGCAACCACAGACCCCACAAAUCAUUCAAACUCCCGAUGUACGAACUUACAUCUACCAACCUGUGCAGUUGGAAAGCCAAGUACAACAAGCGCAACCAACUGUGAUAAAUCUUAAUGGUAAUCUCAUGCAAAUUGCUG